AUGUAUGGGCUUGAUAAUUUGGUUGCAAGAAAGAGAUCUCUGUUGGAAGAAGUGAAGGAAACGGAGACGUUCAAGGUUGCCAAAGAAAUCUUGGAAAAGUACGAUCAAGAAAGUCCCAAGUCUGCAUCACAACCUUCUAGUCCGAGUGCGGAGAGACGUUCACUUCCUAUAAAUCGAGAUGAUAAUUUCGAAACGCCCAGUCAAGGCAAGAGUCCUGCUGUUCCUUUGAUGAGUGGCCCUCAACGUCCCCCAGUCAGGAAGUUGUUCACAAAAAGCACAGAUAAUAUUCCGACUGCUGAGGGAGCUGCAGUAAAACCGCCUCCUGUAUCACGCAUAAAUCCGAUUCGCCCAUUUCAACGGGAAGGUACCACAGUCAUCGAUAAGAUGGUUGAUUAUUUUUUUGGGGAUGGACCUGGUCAAAGAAAUGCUCUUAUAUGCUCAAGUUGUCACGGACAUAACGGAAUGGCACUUCCAGCUGAAUAUGAUUAUCUUGCCUAUGUAUGCUACAUUUGUGGACACUUCAACCCGGCCAGAAAAUUCAGACCUGGAAGAGUUAUCAGCAAUCCACCCGCGUCAGUGACGGCAACCCCGCAGAUCUCGAAGCCCAGCUCAACUUCAGAUACUCAUGCUUCCACAUCUUUACUAGAUCGUGACGCUCAAACAAAUAAGACGAAUGAGAAGAAGGAGAAGGCUGAUGACUCCUUUGAUGACCUGUCGGACGAGAACGUGCCAGAAUAUACGACGUAA